GCGGCGCGGGGCGAGCGGCGGCGGGGGGUGCUGCUGAGCCCCGGACAGCUGAGGGGGUAAACAGGGGCCGGGCCGGGGUACGGCGGGGCCUGCGUUGGGGGCUCCGGGGGACGAGGUCCGGGGCUCGCGGUGCUCCUCCGGCUGUUCCUUCCGCGUGUCCUGCGCUGCCCCCUGCAUGGAUGGAGCCUCGCAACUUCCAGUGCCCGCGGCGCCCGGGAGGCCUGACAGGUAAUUAAAUGUCCUCUGUGUGGAUCUUUGCUCUGGUGGCAUGCUUGGAUGUACAGCAGCUCUUCCGAUAGCUUCUUUUUGUCUGCCCCAUCACAACAAGAUGGCAAAAGCAAACAUUACCAGAGACAUCAUCCACAGACAGAUCAAGGAGAGGGGUGCGCUGGGCUUUGAGCGACACUAUCACGUCACCGACCCUUUCAUUCGACGCCUGGGCCUAGAAGCAGAGCUGCAGGGUCACUCUGGGUGUGUCAACUGCCUUGAAUGGAAUGAAAAAGGAGACUUGUUGGCCUCUGGCUCUGAUGACCAACAUACUAUUGUCUGGGAUCCUCUGCACCACAAGAAGCUCCUUUCUAUGCACACAGGACAUACUGCAAACAUCUUUUCUGUCAAGUUCUUGCCACAUUCAGGGGAUCGGAUCCUCAUCACGGGAGCUGCAGAUUCCAAGGUGCAUGUCCAUGACUUGACCGUCAAGGAGACCAUCCACAUGUUUGGAGAUCACACCAACAGAGUUAAGCGGAUUGCCACAGCUCCCAUGUGGCCUAACACCUUCUGGAGUGCAGCAGAAGAUGGGCUCAUCAGACAGUACGACCUGCGAGAGAACAGCAAACGUUCAGAGGUGCUCAUAGACCUCACAGAGUACUGUGGGCAGCUGGUGGAGGCCAAGUGCCUGACGGUCAACCCCCAGGAUAACAACUACUUGGCAGUGGGGGCAAGUGGCCCCUUUGUGCGGGUCUACGACAUACGCAUGAUCCACAACCACAGGAAAAGCAUGAAGCAGAGCCCUUCAGCUGGAGUACACACGUUCUGUGACCGACAGAAACCCCUCCCGGAUGGCGCGGCGCAGUACUAUGUGGCAGGGCACCUUCCAGUAAAGCUUCCAGACUACAACAACAGGCUGAGAGUUCUGGUGGCCACAUACGUCACCUUCAGUCCUGAUGGCACUGAGCUUUUGGUCAACAUGGGAGGGGAGCAGGUCUAUUUGUUUGAUUUAACAUACAAACAGCGACCGUACACUUUUCUCCUCCCAAAGAAGUGCCACACUUCAGGGGAAGUGCAGAAUGGCAAAACCUCUACCAACGGAGUGUCCAAUGGCAUCCACCUCCACAGCAACGGCUUCCGCUUGGCUGAAGGAAGAGCACAUGUGAGUCCCCAAGUGGAGUUACCUCCAUACCUGGAGAGAAUCAAGCAGCAAGCCAACGAGGCCUUUGCUUGCCAGCUCUGGACUCAAGCCAUCCAGCUCUACAGCAAAGCAGUCCAGAAAGCCCCCAACAAUGCCAUGCUAUAUGGAAACAGAGCUGCUGCCUACAUGAAACGCAAGUGGGAUGGGGACCAUUACGAUGCUUUAAGAGACUGCCUGAAGGCCAUAUCCUUGAAUCCGUGCCACCUGAAGGCCCAUUUCCGCCUUGCCCGCUGUCUCUUUGAACUCAAGUACGUGGCAGAAGCACUGGAGUGUCUGGAUGACUUUAAAGGGAAGUUCCCAGAACAAGCACACAGCAGUGCCUGUGAUGCACUAGACAGGGACAUCAAUGCAGCCCUCUUCUCCAAGAGCGAUAACGCUGAAGACAAGAAAGGGGGUGGCCCCAUCCGGCUGCGAGCCACAGGCCGCAAGGAUUCCAUCUCAGAGGAUGAGAUGGUGCUGAGGGAGCGCAGCUACGACUACAAGUUCCGAUACUGUGGCCACUGUAACACUACUACCGACAUCAAAGAGGCCAAUUUCUUUGGCAGCAAUGCACAGUACAUAGUCAGUGGGUCAGACGACGGCUCCUUCUUCAUCUGGGAGAAAGAAACCACCAACCUUGUUAGAGUGCUGCAGGGAGACGAGUCCAUCGUGAACUGCCUCCAGCCUCAUCCCAGUUACUGCUUCCUGGCUACCAGCGGCAUUGACCCGGUUGUACGACUGUGGAACCCCAGGCCAGAGAGUGAAACCCUGAAUGGCCGCGUGGUGGUGGACAUGGAAGGUGCUUCCCAAGCAAACCAGAGGCGCAUGAACGCAGACCCACUGGAGGUGAUGUUGCUGAACAUGGGGUACCGGAUUACAGGACUGACCAGUGGUGGGGCUGGAGGCUCAGAUGAUGAAGACAGCUCAGAGGGGCAAGUCCAGUGCCGGCCCAGCUAAAACAGAACUGCCUCUCCUUCCUCUUAACUGUCUGGCUGAAAGGGAACCUAGUUUCCUUGGUCCUGGACUUCCUCUGAUGAAUGACUGCACUGUUUCGCACUAUGCACAGAGUAGGACAAGCUGGCAGGGGCAGGAGCGGCCGUCUCUAAACCAUCACCACCACCUCCUCCUCCUCCCCUCACACUACUGAGCAGCAUGGCAGUGCAGUCCAGGGUUUGCCUUUAGUGGAAUUUAGUCCCAACAGGGGUCUUUGAGUUGUCUGUAAGCAGUGUAAGCUGGUGAUGUUGUUUUCCAGAGUUGCUGUAUGUUCUGGUACAGGGUUGGCUGCAUUCAUGCAUUUGCAGAGGGAAUGUGAAAUUCCUGAAUAAAAUACAAACCUAGGGCAGGGCUUAUGGAAUGAAUGCACUGCAGUGAGCUUGAUCUUGAAAGCUUGACUCUGCUUUUGUGCUACCAGCCUGUCUAGAGGCCCCUGGUUUAGGGUUGUUGGCCAUAAGACACCUAGUAUGUCCCAUAACAUCUUUCUUCUGGCUUCCAUCUCUUAACAUUUUGUCACCAGGCGUAGCUGUGUUGUGUUAAGGACUAGAUGUUGCCCGUGUUGUCCCUGGGCAUCUGUCUUAGUUGAUGGAUCAGUGAAGGCACUGAGUAUGCGCAGCUCAGCAGGGCAGGGGGUGCUUGCCAUGGAGAAAGGUGACAGCAAAGAGAGCAGGUUUGAGUGGAGGCUUAGGACUCAUGUAACUGAAGCUACUGAGGAAAGGGGCUGGUCUCUCCAUUGCCUAAAACACGUGUACCUGUGUUCACCUCCUUUCCACAUCGCCCGUCCUGGAGCUGAGAACGUUGCCACCAUGUACAUGUAUCUGAAGUGUCAAGCUUUCAGACAGCAGCAUUUGUGUGCAGUCAGCUCUUCUGUCUUGGCCAAGGUGGGCCUCAUUGGGCUGGCAUCUGAUGGGUUAGUGGUUCUCUCAGGAACCCUCCUCCUUCUUCCUUCUCUCCCCACGUGGCUGCAAAGCCAGGAGUGCACCUAGAAAUGCAGCAGUGCACUUCCAUCCUUUCCUCUGUCAUGUCACAUGCAGCCCUGAUCUUCCCUCCUGCAGUUGCCAAGCACUAACUAUCAAACAGAUCUUCCACAGCUGUGCUUACAACCGGAUCCGAAGAGGUUGUUUUUUCUAGGACUAUCAACUAAGACCAAAGAGCCCCUGGAGAUCUUCACUGCUCUGUGCUGUCUCAUAUCUCUUCCUGCUGAAGGUCUGAACAUGGACCCCUUGGUCCCAGGGGUGUGAGAUGUGUGUCUGGGAGUGUGUGCGCAUGUGUGUGUGCUGCAUUAGGGCUGUUCUUCCAUGUGGUGCAAUCCCUGGUCUUCCUGUUGCUGCUGUGGAUGAGAGGCCUCCCUUUCCUCCUCUGGCUGCCAAGCACUGAUGAGAGAGACUGCACAAUUCUGACUGAUCGAGGUAACUGCUUCCUCUCCCUUCCAGAACAGUCUUGGACACAAGUGAGCCUUUUACAGGAGGGAAAGAGGCCACAGAGCCUUCUAGCUGCAGCAGCUCUCCAAGGACACUGCUCCCUGCACAGAGAAAUCCCCCAGUGGAGUUAACCAGGACCAGGUCUCUACCCCUUAGACAAAGAUGUCCAUCUGCUCUGUCCCGGGUGGCACUGAGCGCUAGUGACCCCCAGCCUUGUGGGAGCAUGGUCCUUACCAUCUGGGCACUGCUGAGCUGUGAGGAAGGCUGAGCCAGCCGUCCACUGCUGGAGCAGAGCUCUUCUGGGACAGAUCCAGAUCCUCACUUGGCUCUGAGGGCAUGGUGUAGAUGUGCCUGCUCGCUCCAUGUACCUGUGUGGGGUUCACAAGGUGUCCCAGGUGUACUCCAGCACUCGGUGCUCUUCCCAACCCAGAGCCAGCAAAAAACCUCUUCUCACUUGGGUGGCUCUUUGCCAUGGUCUGGCCUUUUUUUUUCCUUGCUUCAGGCUUCCCUCUUCAAUGCAGCCUCUUUUUUUUCUCCUCUUCUCCUCCCACUCAAACUUUGUUUUCCCAGCUCUCAGGAGACAGUGUCUGCACACUGAUUUCUAACCAGAGACACCAAGACUGGAGAGCUCUGAAGAGAACAGGCCUCUCCCUCCCCAUUCACCUUGUGCUGUGGCAGCUAUUUCUUGUUGGGUUUCCCCUUGUGAGCUGUGGGAGAGCUGGAAGAUUCCCUGCCUCUGCAGUGGGUUGCUUGUUGUUAAUGGCUGCUUUAGUUUAAAGAUGAGGAAUGAUAAUGGGAGAGAACAGCCUUUCUGCCUCUGGCCCCUUGUCCUGGGCAGAUUACCUGCUCUGUCACUUGAUAAUGAGGGCUUUGUAUUUAUUGGUGAAGAAAUAAAACCCAUGCUGGGGACGUAGGGAGAAGAUGUUGCUUUAUUGACCUCUGCUGUUUACUUCAACCCCCUCUUUGGGAAAGCUUCUUCCUGCUCUAUCUGGUUAACUCUUUCUAGGCUGGGAUAUGCAGGGAUGCCUCCUCUAUUUUUGUACUCUAGCAGUGGGCUCUCUGUAAGGAGAGCCCAGGAUUCUCUUUAGUAGUGCAAUGACCAUUGCUUCUCGCUUUUCCAAGUACUAAAGGUGAUCAGUCAUCUCGUAAACCUUGCCCCUGCAGUUGUAGAAGUAACACACAAGCCUUACUGCCCUCGUUAGAAGGAGCAGAACACUUGAUUCUCUGGUCCUGGAAGAGAAAGGGUUAAAGAGAUUAAACAAUUCUUUCUUCUA